AUGGAUGCCGACCAGCGGCGGAAGCGGAAGAGAGCCAACCACGGCGGAACCACCAGCGCCUUGAAGCUCAUCCUCUCGUUCAGGUCGCUCACUCUCGGCAUAAUACUGUUCCUCUUCACUCUCUUCUACUUCUCUGGCUCAGAUCGGUCUCCCUUCCGGCCGGUCCUCCGGGCCUCGGGUUUUACCCGGGUCCUCCCCGUCCUCCUCACCCAGGACUACUUCGGCGGCGGCGGCAAGUCGCUUCCUCUGGUCAUCGAGAGCCGGGUUCUUCUCCCCGACCACCUCCUGCUCGUUCUCUCCAACCGCGUCCGCCGAGGGGAGAGCUUGGAGUGCGUCUACUACCACCAGCUCGGCGACGCCGACCUGCUCGACGAGAUGCUCGUGAAACUGGCGAUUUCGGCGGACGAUUACCAGGAGAGCAAGUCGAUUGUGAGGUGCGAGCUCCCGCCUGUGAACUACUCCGCCGCCGUGGAUUUGCGCCGCCCCGGCGGCGAGGUUGUGGAAGGGAACUGGAUGGCUUCUUCGAGGAGGGCGGCGAAUCAGACGGCGGUCCCCGAAUGGGGAAAAGUGGUCUACGAGGCGAUUCUCGAUUGGAACACUGUGGUGGUGUUGGCGAAAGGGCUGAAUCUGAAGCCGCGGAGGGAAGUCGAUCCGGCCGAAUUCAGGUGCCAUUUCUCGCUGAGCAACAAUUUGAGCAGAGAGGAGAGCUUCGUCUUCACCACCGAAGCCACCGCCGCGGCUCAGGAAGUGGUCCGCUGCUUGCUGCCCAGAAGCAUCCGGAAAAACAACACCGCGCUGGCCGAAGGAAUCCGCGUCACCGUCAGCCGCGUCGAAGACUCCUCCGCCUCGCAAGCUCUGCCAUCGGUGGCGAAAGUGUACAACCCGAAAUCCCACGGGAUGAGAGGGGAAGGGGAAGGGAAGUACGAGCUCUGCGCCUGCACGAUGCUGUGGAACCAGGCGUCGGUUUUGAAGGAAUGGGUGAUGUACCACUCGUGGCUGGGAGUGGAGCGGUGGUUCAUCUACGACAACAACAGCGACGACGGGCUACAAGACGUCGCCGACGAGCUCAACACGCGGAAUCACAAUGUCUCCAGGCACGUCUGGCCGUGGAUCAAAGCGCAGGAGGCAGGGUUCUCGCAUUGUGCUCUGAGAGCAAAGUACGAGUGCAAGUGGGUUGGGUUCUUCGACGUCGACGAGUUCUUCUACUUCCCUCGCUACAGUGGCCAAACCCCCUUGCCGGGACAGAACUCGCUCCGCGCCAUGGUCUCGAACUACACCGAUUCGCCCACGAUCGCGGAGGUGAGGACAAUGUGCCACAGCUUCGGGCCAUCGGGGCUGACAGAACCGCCGAAGCAAGGUGUGACGGUAGGUUACACUUGCAGGCUGCAGGCUCCUGAAAGGCACAAGUCCUUUGUCCGACCGGACCUUCUCGACAUGACGCUGCUGAACAUUGUGCAUCACUUCAAGCUGAGGGAAGGGUACAAGUCGACGAACGUGGCGGAGGGGACGGCGGUGAUCAACCACUACAAGUACCAGGUUUGGGACACUUUCAAGGCCAAGUUUUUCAGGAGGGUUUCGACCUAUGUGACGAAUUGGCAGGACGAUCACAACAAAGGGUCCAAGGACAGGGCGCCCGGGCUGGGGACGGAGGCCGUCGAGCCGCCGGAUUGGCGGCUGAGGUUCUGUGAGGUUUGGGACACCGGUCUCAAGGACUUUGUGCUGGGUUCUUUCGCUGAUGUGGCCACUGGGUUGCUGCCCUGGGAGAGGAGCUCGAGCUCUUCUGCUCGUCGUCGAUGA